GUUCCACCCGCCGCCCUUUUCCCCAGCGGGCAGCCUGAGUGAGCAAGGCCGGGGGGCUGCAGGAGCCGGCUCUGAAUCCGGAUCCCCGGCCGCGGAGCUGCUAGAGAAACUGCAGCACCCCAGUGCCGAUGUGAGAGAAUUCGCCUGUGCCAGCAUUUCCAAGCUCUUGCAGCAGAAACAAACAAUCCCAGCUUUUGUGCAAAGAGACGUUGUCCGGUGUUUGGGUCCCAUGCUGCUUGAUCCAAGUCUCGCGGUUCGAGAGACCGCGGCAGGAGCUCUCCGAAAUCUUAGUGCUUGUGGAGGAUUUGAAGUUUGUGAUGACAUGGUCACUAAAGACAUCAUGACACCUCUCGUAGCUUUAUUGAAAGAGUGUCGAGCAGGUCUCGAUGAAAGCAACGGCUCUCCGAAGGAAGCCAAGGAUACGAACAAGAACUACAUCGAAGACAUCGCCAACGAGGCAGUGAACCUGCUCUGGAAUGUUUGUGAAUGCAGCAGUACAGCAGUGUCUAUAUUCAACAAAGAAGGAUGCUUGGGCAUUAUACUACAGUACCUGAAGAGAUUUCGUACAAAUGUGGACCUGGCCAUUGCAGUAGCGUCCUGUUUGCAGGCAGUGACGGAAGAUAAUUCGGACCUCCUUUCUUCCUUUGAUGCUUCUGCGCACCAGGUGAUGGAAAUGGUCAUGUUGUCAUCGGACAAAGCCCUGGAGCAUGUUCUUCUACGGACACUGGUUGCAGGUGUCACUUGGAAUAUAAAAAGCACCCUGCCCUCCGGGACCCAGGCAGGCACUAUAAAUGCCAUCCUAAAGAUUUUGUCAGAAUCUUUAGCAAUAGACGCCGGUGAGACGGUCAUUCGGAUGAAGGAGGAGGAAACAGAGAGAUUGAAAAACUCUGCCGAGCCAGAAACGGAAGGCAGUGUGGGUGAUGGCAACAACUCAGGACUUAUCGAAGAUGAGGAAAUGGAGGAGACGCCUAAAGGAGACGCCAAAGGGAAAAAUGAUGUUUCAGAUCUGCUUCCAUGCAGUAGACAGGAGCUGAAACAGGUAGCGGCUUUACUUCUGGCUCAGCAGACAGCCCUGGAAAUCAUUGUUAAUAUGUGCUGCAAUGAAGACCCCUCGGAUGAUGAGUGGGAAGAGUUAUCCAGUAGUGAUGAAAGUGAUACAUUUAUGGACAACAACUGCGACGAAGGCGAGAAGCUGCUGUCGCCCCUUUGUCUUUCUGCGGAAGUUCACACAGCCCUUAUGAACCACCUAGUGCCGAAGAAGAUACUUGAAAAAACUGCUUUUCCCAACAGUGCAGCUGUUGACAUCUGUACAUGCAAUCCAACCUGGAAGCCGCUAAUUAAAAAGUUGAACAUGGUCCAAUACAGAGCCCUGACGUGUCUUCACAGCAUCUUGUUGGUGUCUGAUGUGGAUUGCCUUGGGGGAGCUUCAGUGCUGCAGUCACUCUCACAGCACCUGUCCCAGUUAAUUUUUUCUCAGCCAGAAUUUUCAAAAGAAAUGGAGUUUCUGGAAGCUGUGACCAGCGCUUUGAGAGCUCUUUUGCAAAUGUUGGCCUCUAACGAUAUACCUCAGUCCAUGACUCCCGAGCAGCUGAUGACUUUGUGUGAAGCUGGGAUUCAUAGCAACAAUAUGAGUGUUCGGGUAAACGUCGUCAGCAUUCUAGGAAUUGCUGGCAGCGUGCUUGCAAAAGUGGAAGACACCGCGGAUACGCUGAAGAUGAUCGGGAAGUUCCUCCUGGACGUUGCAACGAGGGAUCCUUCUCUCGUGGUGGUGGGAGAAGCUCUGGAUGCCCUCUUUGAUGUUUUCGCCGACGGUAAAGAAGCAGAAAGGGCAGUGGAAGGAAUAAAAUUGCUUCAUGCGCUUAAGGAAUUCCAGCCAGUUUUCAAAUCACGGAUGCGCAAAGAAGGAAAAGGACAGUACAGCACAGAUCAGUUGUGCGUGCUUGACAAUGUGAAACUGAAUUUAAGAAGAUUCAUUGCCUAUCAAGAGACAUUGGAGAGAAAAAAAUAAUUUUUGAAUAGUAAAAAGAAUGUACAGCUUUAUAUUUUUUGGUUAUUCUUUGUUAAAUAUAGCACCUUGCAGGGACUGGUGGUAGGCGUGGAGGGUGAUGAGUCCGCUUUGGAUGUUAAAUUUCUUACAGAUUAGAAAUUGCAAAGGGGGCUGUUACAGCUAGGUUCAGCAUCUUUAUGUGCUGGUAAAUCAGGACUGGAAAAAUACUUAAACUCCUCCUAAGUCAGGAAAAGGGAACCUCAGGAGUCUCAACCUGGCCCAGGUGCAUUCCC